CUUAAAGUUUUACCCCCAGAGGACGCGGAGACGCGGCGGGUGGCGGAAAAGCUGGCCCGGUUCGUGGCCCAGGGCGGCCCCCGGCUGGAGAAGGUGGCCAUGGAGGACUACAAGGAYAAUCCUGCUUUUUCUCCCUCCCCUCUCCCCCUUCCCUCUCCCAUUCCCUCUCCCCUUCCCGUGCCCUCGGCCUCCCCUUCCCCAUCCUCAUCCUCCACCGCCCCCCUGGACCAGCCAACCCCAAACCCUGCCCUGAUCCCGAAUCCCGGGGCGAUCCCAAAUCCCGGCACGGCCCCAAAUCCCACCGCGACCCCAAAUCCCACCGUGACCCCAAAUCCCACCACGGCCCCUGCGGCUGCCGCGGGCAGCACCAAGAAGAAGAGGAAGAGCCGCUGGGGGCCGGAGGAGGACAAGGUGGAGCUGCCCCUCCCACAGCUGGUGCAGCAGCUGGAUUCGCCCUCCCCCCUCUCAGGUGAGCGGGGUCGCAGUUCCUGUCCCAUGGAUUGGGGUUUUCCAGGGGUUUGGGGGGCUCUGGAAAUGGAAAACCCAGAGUUCCAUCUCCUGUUGUCAUUCCUUCAUUCCCAGCUCCGUGUCUGGGAGUCCCUGGCUGUGCAAUCCCAGAUAUCCCACUUUUCUCCCAUCCCCUGCCCCCAGUGUUGGGUUUUGUCCUUCCCUGUUAUCCUUAAAUCCAGCUCCUCCUUUUUGGGGCUGUGUCACUUUGGGAAGAGCUGGAAUUGUGCCGGGAUAAAACCCCGGGGCAGCGCUUCCACCCGCUGUCCCCGUUUUCCAGAGUGGGCCGAGCAGCUGACCCAGAUGGGCCGAGGCAAACAUUUCAUCGGGGAUUUCCUCCCGCCCGACGAGCUGGAGAAGUUCAUGGAGACCUUCAAGGCGCUGAAGGAGGGCCGUGAGCCGGAUUACUCCGAGUACAAGGAGUUCAAGCUGACUGUGGAGAACAUCGGAUACCAAAUGCUGAUGAAGAUGGGCUGGAAGGAGGGAGAGGGAUUGGGAUCGGACGGGCAGGGCAUUAAAAACCCCGUCAGCAAGGGCACCACGGCCGUGGACGGGGCCGGCUUUGGGAUCGAGCGCCCGGCCGAGCUCACCAAGGAGGACGACGAGUACGAGGCCUUCCGGAAACGGAUGAUGCUGGCGUACCGCUUCCGACCCAACCCGCUGAACAACCCGCGGCGACCUUACUACUGAGGAGGGCUUUUCCCGACGCUGUUCCGUGAGAUGUUAUCCCAAACUGCAUCAUCCACCUCCUCCCUCCCAAUAUUCCC